UGGCUAAAUUCACCGUUUAGUUUGCCCAACAGUAGUAGGAAAUAGGAAUGGCAUUCAGAGCCGCUGUACUUCGCCACAUUCGGUUGCCUGUUCAAACCCUAAAGCCAACUGCUUCAAGAGCUCCGUCGCAAUGGAGUCUCCUCCGGCUAUUCUCAUCGCACGACGAUCACCUUACUAAAGAAGAAGUAAUCGACAGAGUCCUCGACGUUGUCAAAAGCUUCCCCAAAGUCGAUCCUUCCAAGGUGACACCUGAUGUUCAUUUCCAGAAAGAUUUAGGGUUAGAUAGCUUGGACAAUGUGGAGAUUGUCAUGGCUUUAGAGGAAGAGUUCAAGCUGGAAAUUCCAGAUAAGGAAGCUGACAAAAUCGACUCAUGCAAUCUUGCUAUCGAGUACAUAUACAACCAUCCAAUGGCUGGUUAAUAACAGCAAGGGUGUUUUCUUGUUUGAAUUUCAUUUGGAAAGAAGGAUGAUAUUCUGCUCUGUUCUUGUUCGACAUUUUAGGCAUUUUGUAUGAAUUUUACUCUUCAUAAUGGGAUUUUAAGACUGAUGAUCUGAAACUGUUUGGCGGGGGUACUACCUGAACUUAUUUCUACUCCAAGCAGCAACAGGUUUCGAGUUUUCAACUUGCAAUAAACAUCCUGUAUUGCAUGGAUGUUAUCUUACCUUUCAAA